AUGUCGCAGCUUCCCAGCUCUUCGCCAAUUGUCACUGCCGACCCAAACCUCCUUCCCGACGAAAAGGACGAAGCGGUUCCUGUCCCACUUUCCAAAAUCUGCUCAACAUGCGAUGGUCUCUUCUCUAUCCCACGAAGGUACAAGCUCAUUUCAUGGGAAUCCAUUUAUGACUUUCAUACAUUGGCCGCGCUCAUAGUCUCAGCUCAAGACUGUGAAGUAUGCGCCCUAGUCAAUGCUCAAAUCUCCCCAGAACACAUCGCGCUGGAACGGGAUGACGAGAAGUUCCACAACAAGCCAAUACAAUGUUUUCAAUCUUCAACUUUCUUUCAUUUCUGGGAAAUCAUUCUUUGCCUGGCAGAUGGCAAGACUGGUAUCGCUUUUUUGAGUUUGAUUUACAUUCCUGACCAAAAUCCUCUACACCAUUGGGAAUUUAGUACUAAUACAUGGUCACCCAUAAACAUCGAGCUCGCCGAGAUGUGGAUUCAACACUGUGUUAAAAACCACACAGAAUGUGCUGGGCCACACGUGCUGGACGCCUACCCCUCACGUCUUCUGUCAAUAGGCAACACUUCUACAUCCCCAAUCCAUCUUAGUGAAGAUGUUGCCAAGGGUACACCUUAUGCGACACUAUCGCAUAUUUGGGGUGCACGGCACUUUAUUUCUCUCACUCGGUCGAAUUUGGAUGACUUCAAAGAGAACAUCCCGUUCUUAUCACUACCAAAAACUUUUCAAGAUGCUGUGGUAGUAGCAAGACAAUAUGGGUUUAAGUACAUCUGGAUAGACUCACUAUGUAUUGUCCAAGGACCCGAUCACGAUGAUUGGUGUAGUGAGAGUGGAAGGAUGGGAGGUGUCUACGGUGGUGGGGGUUUGAACAUCGCUGCUUCGGGAGCGGAUCAUGGCGGCGACGGUCUAUUCUUUGAUCGAGAUGUCAACCUUGUCAGGUUCUGUGUGGUGUUAGCUGAUGGAAGAUGUCUUGACGAUAUCGAGAUUCAGACCGAGAAAGACGACGAGAAGAAACGCGAAAAUCAUGAGGAAGAGCCCGGCGGCAUUCGGACUUCAGACUCCAAAGAUGCCGUCCAUCGAAGGAGAUUAUACUACUGUAUCGACGGUAGACUCUACAAUCGCGCAUUCCAUCAACUCCCAAUAUUCAACCGCGCCUGGGUAUUUCAAGAACGCUACUUGGCAACUCGAACCCUCCACUUCGGCAAUUUCCAAUUGUUUUACGAAUGCAAAACUAACACUUGUUUUGAGACUCUUCCCCUCGGGCUUCCUUUUGAUUUCCUCAUCGAAGGCGAAUCACGCGAAUCAAUACAGAGAUAUGAUCCAGAGAAAAAAUGGUCAGACAUCGUCAAAUCAUAUACAAAAGGCCAACUCACGAAGGGAAGCGAUAAAUUAGUCGCCAUCAGUGGUGUGGCUCGAGUCUUUGCGGAGACUUACCCCCGUGGUAGAUAUCUGUUUGGCCUUUGGGAGGAUAACCUGAGCCAAGAUCUUCUUUGGUCUGUUGAAACAACGAAAAGCACAAGGCCGCUGCCCUUAAGAGCGCCCACUUGGUCGUGGGCCAGUGUAAACGGAAUUAUCCAUAUGAGUUACAGUGAUCUCAGAACAACAUCAGUCAAAAUCCUCGAAAUCACCGCACCCGCCGACCACUAUGGUCAUGAGCCAGAGGGUACCAUCAAACUAUCCUGCGAAAGACUUCUACCGGUAGCAGAGCUCUACAUCUCCGACCGCGAGUGCGACUCAUUCUUUGAAUACUACGGCCUCGUCAUUCCGUCAAUCCCUCAGCGCGAUGCGUGGGAGAUGCGCUGUUCGUUCGACAACCACGACGAAGACAGCAUACCCAUCGUCCCAGAGACAUUCUACCUCAUGGAUGUAGUGCAGCGAGGUGAAAACGCAGGUACUGGUUUGAUUCUCGAGAAUUUGAGGGGCCGCAAAGGCUGGUUCAAGCGUAUCGGAAGGUACUUGACGGGCGUUGAUGAGUUUGAGGCGUUCAGAGAGGCGAGGGGGGGGGAAGGUGAGGGGGGAGAGGAUGUGUGUGAGUGUGCGGAGGAGAGUGGGGAGGGGAAAGAAGAGGAGGAGAAGGGGGGGAAAGAAGAGGUGAAAAAUGGGAACAGGAGGAGAUUUGUUAUUAAUUUGAUAUGA